ACCACUUUGCACGUCCCGUCCCGCACUCUCUCCUUAGGAAGGACCAGCAGCAACAUCACGCCCUUGCUAAUGAAAAUUGAAACCUGCACCGACUUCCUCCAAUUCCGUCAUGGAUCUAGAGACCCAAGAACUCAGGAUCGCACGAAUCGAGGACAUCGAUUUUGAGAGCGAUACGUGUAGGUAGCACUUGGCAGGUGACUACCAAGACAGCUUACUGAAAAUGCUACAGCUACAGUCUCCGAUGACGACUGGGCUGAGGCUGAUGCAAAUGAUUGCAAACCUGAGUCGGCAGAUUUAUAUGAUAUGGAAGACGUCCAAGAGAGUUCAGAUUCCGGUAACUUGUCUUGCCGCUUCCAAUUUGACGACCUGCUGAUGAUCAAUAGACUUACCACCUUCUCCAAUUCUGCCUUCAGACAUGAUCGACCCAUCACAAUAUCGCCAGAUCGGAUUUGUUGUUCGCAGUGAUCUCUCCAAGAAGAUACAGUCAUUCGCUGAACUAAUAACUGCUUCACAAGCACUUCGAAAAGCUUGGAAGAGGUUCAUGUUACCAACGAGCCAGCAGUGUAUGAAAUACAGGAGCACAGAUCAUGCUGAUAUCCGUAUCUUCCGCCACAACAGGACAUCCUUGCUACGUGCUGGCGAUGACCAUGGUUUCCGACAGCUUCAAAAACUUUUUAGUCUCCAAGACUCAGCUCUUGUCAUCUCGGGAUCGGAUGGCCUCACUCGAGAUAGAGAUGAACUUUGUCGAUUCCUUGCGAGUUUCGAGAAUGAUACUAUGAUGUACUUCUUCGAUGGGGACAAUUUUCGCAGGAGAUUCAAGUCCAGAGAUUUAGCUUCACGGCUGAAUCCUCUGACCUCCCAGCGACAACAAAGCACCGAUAUUCAGAGCUUUGCAAAAUAUUUGGAUGUGUUGAAGAGAAUUGAGAAAGUGUAUGUCUCAUCUUCCUCUUCAACUGUUGGUGUGUAACUUCUAUACAGGGCAGAAAUGAACCGGGCUCUGACCCGCUUGUGUGAUGAAACUGACCAUAGACCCAUCACUCGUCGUAUGGUCAAAAUCUUAGGAACUGUCACCGAACGUAGUCUCAAUCGUGGACCUGAUGGUUUUGCUGACUUCCGUGCUGCGUUCGAUCGUGCUCUAAGAAGGGUUGAGCAAGCUGAUGACGAGGAGGGAGGGCUUAGCGAUGAACAUUGGGCACUCUUAGUGGAGAGAGCCGCAAGUUGGAGAGGUCUUUGAUAGUUCCAGCUCUGCUAGUUCAGAGAGCUUUUCUGAUUGAUAUUGGUAGUGAGAAUGUUG